AUGCCUUCUUCAGAAAUCGGACGUAUCAGAAGGAAUAGCGGCUUGACCACUCCCUUGACUUUUCGAAGAACAAAGCUCACUAGAUUGAUAUUCCUCACAGCAUGUUUUAUGAAUCUCAUAUAUUUCUUAUUUUAUGACCACUAUGACCACUUAGACUCAUAUUUGCCACAUUCCAAAUUUCCCUUGUCCAAAGAAACUAUCCAUCAGUAUAAGCAAAAGAUUACCCAACGUAAUUCAUUUGAGAAAUCAAUUCAGAAAAAAUUCAGAGAGAUUGAAUUAAAUCCUGAGAGAUUUCAUGUAGCAUUUGCUCAAGAGAUAGAAGAAAAACUUUCAAUAAAUCUUAAACCAUUUACUAAACUGGUUGAAAAUGAAAAUAGUUGGAUAAACCAAGAUACGUUGUUCUAUGAUCCUAGAUUUACUUUAUCUAUGUAUUUACAUGAAUUAAAAUUACAAUAUGCAAACAAGAAAAGAGAAGAUAAAGGAACAAACGAGGUAGUCGUGUUACCUUUCCAUUGGGCGGAUUGGAUCGAUUUAACAAUCUUGAAUAGGGAUUUAGCUGCUCCUUUGGAUACAAGAAUUAGUUGUAGUCAUAUUCAAAGUGUUACAACUAAGAAACCAGACACUAGUUAUUUUUGUCGUGAUAAUUCGAUGCUUUCCCACGGUCAAAUCGAGCAGAUGGGGUUUAAAUCUUCAUCACAAUUACCGGGGUUUAUUAUCCAUGACCAUUGUGCUCAUGACCACGAACCCCCUCAUGAUUAUCGAAUUUUGGAAGCAAAAUCAUAUGCAAUGACGACUAUGAAAAAGCCGAUGAAUGUGGUUAUACUAAACGGACAGGAAGGAACAUAUGAGUUUCAAGUCAAUCCAGAUAUAAAUCAACGAUUAGCUAGUUCAGAAAUUGUUGAAAACUAUAUUAGAUCGAAUAAAGUGAAGAAUUUGGAAAAAGCAAAACUCAAUCAUUUGAAGGUAUGGAACCAACUUAAAUCAAAAGUACAACCUACAACUUUAGACCGUUUUGACGGAGGAUUUGAAAGCUACAUCAAGAUGACCUCUAGUUUGAAACACACAAGCCAACCCCUCAAGUUCCCAUUAAAGCAAAGCAUGUUUUCCUAUCCAGCUCCCAUCACCGAACAAAUGGCCCAACUUGAACAAAAACAAUCUGAAACAGGAUUAUCUGUCCGUGAACAAGUUUACUAUGAAGGUUUGCUAGCUUGUGCUACAUAUCAAAUACCAGAUGAACCUAACUAUUUGCACCUGGCAACCUUCAUUCGCAACGAUGAACGAAAUCGUGAUGGCGAGAAGGGGUGGCAUUAUGAUUGGAGAUUCUUCAAUGGAGCAUUGGAAUACGAUGUAGAUGGAUGGACUGAACAAGAAAGAAACCAUCGUGCGAGCAUCAUAAAGGAAAGGAUAUUAAGGGCUUGGUUUAGGUUUACUAUUCAAAAAGGGAUAAUUAGCUGGAUACAACAUGGUCCUGUAUUGAGUUGGUUUUGGAAUGGGUUAUUGUUUCCUAUUGACAAAGAUAUAGAUAUCCAAUUACCCAUAUCGGAAAUGAUCCGUCUUGCAAAGGAUUAUAAUUAUACUCUUGUGGUUGAGGAUCCUAGUGAAGGAUAUGGAAAAUAUUUGAUUGAUGUGAAUACAUAUAUCCAUCAUCGAGAAAUCAAUGAUGUCAAUUAUGUAGAGGGAAGGUUUAUUGAUAUAGAUAGUGGGUUAUAUAUCGAUUUGACGGCUUUGAGCAAACUGAAAUCGGAGUUGCCUCAAGGGUUUUGGGACACGGCGAUGGGACAAUUAAGAAAACGUAAAAAACAGAAAAAUGAUCAAGUUGAAAUAUAUAAUGAACGCCGGAAACAUUUUUAUAAAUUUAAACAAUUAAGUCCAUUAACAUUUUCCCAAUUACAAGGUGUGCCUGUUUUUAUUCCUCCUAAAGUUGUUUAUAAAUUAGUGUUUGAAUAUGGUGAAGGGUUUCAAGAGCCAGAAUUUCAUGAUUGGUAUUUCGUACCUAGAUUGAAUUUAUGGAUUAAGAAACAUGAUUUAAUUCCAGUUUUCGAUCCUGAAGAUAUCACACUGAAUGGAAAAGUUAACAAGGAUAAAUUACUAUAUAAAGUUCGACGAAUGACAGAUGAGGAAGUUCUUAAAUUAUUAGAGAAUGAUGAAAUUUUGGUAGAAUAUUAUUUGACUAAAGAUUUAACUGAGUUGCACACUAAGGAGAUGACAUAUUUGUUUGAUAAUCUAGGAAGAGAUAAUAUAUUAUUAGGUGAAGAAGAGCAAGCUAUGAAGGAGUAUCGGGAUUUGACUAGACAAUUUAGCUUUAAGAAACCUUUGAAAAAGUCAUUGUAUUCUUAUGAACAAAGUAUUGAGAGACGAGCAAAGGAGAGAAACAAUUGA